GGGGGCAAAUGUAUUUAGGACUCUCAAAAACUUCAAUAUUAAAGACGUGAAAAUGAGACAUAAAUCUAAAGCAUCAACAAUGGACCAAGGGUAGGCUUAGAAUUGUGUCGAAUGUCCCGUCAGAGGUAGCCUUAUGUCAAUAGCAGGAUGAGCGGGAAGCGCGUGGGUGCGUCCUGGACUCGGACUCCGGGGUGACCCCCAUCGUAUGACUCACGUGCAGAGGCGGAGACUCCAUAUCUAAAUCACUACGGGAGUACAGUCUCUUGUUCAGACCGUCCAACGCGGUGGGAAAAUUAACAAGAAUAAGUCAACAUUACAUUAUAAUUUCAAGACCAAGGCAACGCAAUGUUUACAAUGUGAAGAAAAUGUCCGUGAUAAGUCCAGAUUGGGUGGAGAUCCUGGAGCCACGCUCUCGGGAGCGCAUGUAUGUGAACCUGGCCACUGGCGAAUGCGGCUGGGACCCUCCCUUAGGCGCUCCCGUUCGUCAGGCUGACGGCAACCAGUGGUGGGAGCUCUUUGACUCCCAGAGUGGCCGCUUCUACUACUACAACUCCGUGGGACGCCAGACUGUCUGGCACCGACCCCAAGGGGGCGACAUAGUUCCCCUCUCCCAGCUACAGGCUAUGAAGCGCUGCUCUGAGGCCAAGCGGGCCGGGGGAACUGGAGAGAGGGACAGGGAGCCUGGAACAGGUAGACUGGGGAGUACAGGGAGCCGUACAGGGAGCCAGGGACGCGGCACCCCUCUUCCAGAGCACCAUGGAGUGGGGAGUACAGACAGCCAGGGGCGCCUCACCCCUCGUCCAGAGCACCAUGGAGCAGGAAGCCUGGGGAGUACAGGCAGCCAGGGACACCGCAAUCCUCGUCCAGAGCAUCAUGGAGCAGGAAGCCUGGGGAAUACAGGCAGCCAGGGACACCGCACCCCUCGUCCAGAGCAUUAUGGAGUGGGGAGUACAGACAGCCAGGGACACCGCACCCCUCAUCCAGAGCAUUAUGGAGCGGGGAGUACAGACAGGCAGGGACACCGCACCCCUCGUCCAGAGCAUUAUGAAGUGGGGAGUACAGACAGCCAGGGACACCGCACCCCUCAUCCAGAGCAUUAUGGAGCGGGGAGUACAGACAGCCAGGGAUACCGCACCCCUCAUCCAGAGCAUUAUGGAGCGGGGAGUACAGACAGCCAGGGAUACCGCACCCCUCAUCCAGAGCAUUAUGAAGCGGGGAGUACAGACAGCCAGGGACACCGCACCCCUCGUCCAGAGCAUUAUGAAGUGGGGAGUACAGACAGCCAGGGACACCGCACCCCUCAUCCAGAGCAUUAUGGAGCGGGGAGUACAGACAGGCAGGGACACCGCACCCGUCAUCCAGAGCAUAAUGGAGCAGGAAGCCUGGGGAGUACAGGCAGCCAGGGACACCGCACCCCUCUUCCAGAGCACCAUGGAGCAGGAAGCCUGGGGAGUACAGGCAGCCAGGGACACCGCACCCCUUUUCCAGAGCACCAUGGAGCAGGUAGCCUGGGGAGUACAGACAGCCAGGGACACCGCACCCCUCUUCCAGAGCACCAUGGAGCAGGUAGUCUGGGGAGUACAGACAGCCAGGGACACCGCACCCCUCGUCCAGAGCAGAGUAAGCCUGUCCCCAGAACCCCUGAGACCCCAAGCGAGAGAGAGACUUCAGACACAGUGGUGGACAGCAAACCAGCUCAGGGAGACAACAGCUCGGACGAAAGCAAGGAGUCACUGAGAGAGCGCUCUCAGAGAUGGCAGCCUUCCCCAGGGUCUAAGGCAGCAAUGUUGGUUAAAGUAAACAGUGUCAGUCGGAUCCAGCCUGGAGGCCCAUCUAGCCCGGACCUGCAGCUCCGCCACCACAACACACACGCACACAACAAGCCCAAUGGCCACCAGGCCUUUACCCUCCACCCCGUCAGCAGCAAACCCCCGGGGGCUCACUCCUGCUCCACCCAGGGCUACAAGACCGCACCCUCAGGCAAGAUGGCCGCCGACGCCCGGCAGGCCCACCACUUGAGAAAGAUCGGCAACGGCAGCUUCUGUCUGGUGUCCUCUGACCCUCCCCAAACUCCAGGCAGUCACAGGUCCCAGCCCAGCACCCCCAGGUCAGUGUCACCACAGUACGCCUCCACACCUCACCUCUACGACGACCCGGGAAAAGAGUGUCCCAUCUAUGAUGAGCCUCCUGUGGACAUGGAGGUGGAGGGGGCUCACCUCCAUAAUGGGCCUGGUGGUCUAUCCUGUCUCACCCCCACACACAGCCUGCAAAAGCACAGGCUCCUCCAGCACCCUGGCUCCUCUCACUCAGAAUCCAGGCACAAGAGGAACCCUUCUGCCUCUGACUACAGCCCUGCUGGCCUGGAGUGCAUCAAGCACAUGGUUGUUGUGGACCCAAAACAGGGCCUCCUCUCCACCUCCCCCGGUCCCACCCGCACCCCCUCCCCCACACCACGAUCAGACCCCCUCUUGGCCCAGCCCCAGUCCCAGCCCCGGGGGCAGCAGAGGGAGCCAGGGACCCUGGAGAAAAAGCAGACAUGGCGAGCCCUGGAGGCCAGUGUGUUGAGGGCAGUGGAGGCUCGUCACAGCAGGCAGAGCAGCCAGGCCUCCCAGGACUUCCCCACACCUCCAGGUCCCCAGACCACCGCCACCUACCAGGACUCUGGCUACUCCACUGGCCCCUCUCCGAGCCUGAGGAGGAAGAGCCGGCGGAGGCUGGGGGCCGGAGGCCGGCCUGGCUCAGUAGGCAGCAGCGGAGAGCUGUGUGCCCUUAACGAGAGGUUGAUGGCGGAGAUGAGGGAGGUGGUGAGCCGCUCCAACACCAUGAGGGAGAUGAAGGCUGGAGGCCUGGGGGCAGAGAUUAGCGAGAGGGGCGCAGUGCCCCGGACACGUUCCCCCGUGGACUCCCUGCAGUGGUAUGGAGGAGGAGGAAGGUGUGCGUCACGAGAAGACGUCCCCUCCGCCAGCCUCUCGCUGAGCAGGGCGGGUAAUCAUGGCAACCCAGCCCUGCCACCCCUGGAGAUGCCUGGUAGGCAGAAGAGGACCUAUGAGAAGGUGGACACCUUGGAGAAGAGCAUCACCAGUCAGGCCGGCCUCUCCUCACCAGACACCCCCGGACCCCCCUCAGAGGUGGGAACCCUGGAACUGAAGGCUCAGUUGGACAUCAGGAAGAAAGGUAUGGUGGACGGACGAACAGGCUCACUGGGCCCCCAUCACCAACGCUCCGUCUCCCAUGACAACAUAGAGGGAGAAGGAAGAGGAGGAAUAGGAGGCUCCUACCACCAGCUCUCUUACGCCACCCUGCGCAAGCCCCCGCCCCCAGACACCUCAGGCAUGGCGGACUGGGCCAGCAAGCACCUGAACAUGCACACCCAGGGCCUGUUCCGCCGCCGUGUCUCCAUCGCCAACAUGCUCUCCUGGAACCGCGGCUCCAUCAAGAAGCCCAUGCUGGUGACCAGCGACCGCGCUGUGAGGAAGGAGGCCUGUGAGAUGUUCAAGCUGGUCCAGGCCUACAUGGGAGACCGGCCCUCACGGCUGGACCGUCGCCACGCCGCCCUGCUCAUCGUCACAAAGUGCUGGGGCAUGCAGGGCCUGAGGGAUGAGCUGUAUGUGCAGCUGGUGAGGCAGACCACGGGCAACACCAGCCCUAGGAGCCUGGCUGCAGGCUGGGAGCUGAUGGCUGUCAGCCUGGCCUUCUUCGCCCCCUCUCCCAAGUUCCGCUGCUACUUGGAGGGAUACAUCCAGAGGCACACGGAUCCGAGCAGUGACAAGAAACGUGAGUCUCAGACUGAGCAACAGGUGGCUCAGUUCAUACUAGACCAGCAGGACAUGAAGCUGAAGAAGAACUCAAAGUCCAGAAAGAAACGGAAACAGAACACAGAUGAAGAAGGUCUGCCCAUCAGCACGUAUGCAAAGUUCUGCUAUCGCAAACUACAGAAAGUGGCCAUAACUGGAGGCAAAAAGGGUCUUCGUAAGCCAACUCUGGAGGAGAUUGACCACAGCAGACGGGCCAUUGUGACCCCCUCCCUGUUUGGCAGCUCCUUGGACGAGGUGAUGGAGCGCCAGAGUGAACUCUUCCCAGACAGGAAGCUACCCUGGGUACAGGUGCAGCUCUCCCAAUACGUCCUGGCACUGGGAGGGGCCCAGACUGAGGGCAUCUUCAGGGUGCCUGGAGAUAUCGAUGAAGUCAACGCAUUGAAGCUCCAGGUCGACCAAUGGCGGAUCCCAGAAAACCUCUCAGACCCCAACGUACCUGCCUCCCUGAUGAAGCUUUGGUAUCGUGAGUUGGAGGAGCCUCUCAUCCCCAUGGCCUUCUACAAGCAGUGUGUCAGUAACUAUGACGACCCUGUGGCAGCCAUUACUGUUGUACAGUGUUUGCCUGAGCUCAACAGACUGGUGCUGUGCUACUUCAUCCACUUCCUGCAGGUGUUUGCUCAGCCUGCUAAUGUGUCUGUUACUAAGAUGGAUGUCAAUAACCUUGCCAUGGUGAUGGCCCCCAACUGCCUCCGCUGCCAGUCUGAUGACCCACGAAUCAUCUUUGAGAACACACGCAAGGAAAUGUCUUUCCUGCGCAUGCUCAUCGUUCACCUGGACACCAGUUUCAUUGAGGGCGUUGUGUAGACUGACUCCCUUGACACCACGUGCCCCAGUGUCACUGAGAGAUUCACUCUGCUCUGCGAAGCCCGCCCCACUCCAUUGACCUAUCAAAAAACACACACACUGGAAAUCAUACUGUAACAAUACCAGAGUUAAUCAUGUCUGUCUUCAAAGGCAGGGUCAUAAGAAGAUAAGCGAGAACCCAGAUGUCUCACCACUGAGUACUGUACGUAACACUGUCACUUGACCCAUCCUCUAUCCUACUUUCUGACUGCAGAACAAUACAUCUGUGCCUACUUCAUAGGUGACAUUGUGUGUGUUAUGUGAUGGAAACACCACAAUUAUUGCACACAAAAAGACUACAAAUUACUUUACAUCAUAGGGACCGCAUUUUAUCCAGUUCAUUUUGCUGACUUUUUUGAAACUGCAUGUAAAAUCUGAUUUUCCUCCUACAUUUAUAACUGAAUGUGAAGUGCCAUUGUUUCGUUGCUGGAUAUGGGCUGUGCAGGAGGAGUCUCAUAUGGUUAGUACAGGAUGGACAUUGUCAUCAGGAAACAGACCCAGGGUCCCCUCCUUAUAUCUAUUUGGCCUCUUGUAUGUAUGUGUGUCUGUGUGUGUUUGAGUUCUAGAGACUCAGCCUCCAGUUCUUAUUUACAAAUGAGAAAAAAUAUAUAAUUUAAAAAUAAGCUUGCCUGUGAUGUUUUUAGUAGUUCUAUCAACAAGACUGCAUCAGUCUCACUGCUAUGUUGGUGAUUUUAUCUGAAAAAAACUGUUCCACCACAGCCAUUUUGAUAUAGAGCCACAGUCUAUAGUCCGACUACAGUCGAGCCACAGUCAGAGCGUACAUUUCAAAGUACAAACUGGAAGCAAUAAGACCAUGUGUUUUGGAGCUUGUGUAAAAUGCCCGUUUUAGUGGUCUCCUCAACAGUGUGUGUUGUGCAAUAACAACCCUCUGAUUUUCAACUGCUGAGGGAGGAUGUUAUAAAUGUAUUCUGGUACAUGUAUGUACUGUGUGUAUGGGAGAUCUAUUCGGCAGCAGGUAGCCUAGCAGUUAGAGCUUUGGGCCAGUAACCGGAAAGGUCGCUGGUUGGAAUGCCUGAGCCGACUAGGUGAAAAAUCUGUUGACGUGCCCUUGAGCAAGACACUUAAUCCUAAUUUGCUCCAGGGGUGCCGUACUACUAUGGCUGACCCUGUAAAACACUUCACUGCAUUUAUCCAGUGUGUGACAAAAAUAAAUGUUUUGUUGUUGCAAUACACCAAUAUUGAAAGAGGCAUAAACACAUGUGUAAAGUAGUAGCACUAUCACUUCUUUUCGCCAUAGAUAUUUUGGCUCAGGUGUUCUGUUAAAACGGGUGUAGUGAUAACUGCUCUCUGCUUCCCUCGCUAACUGAAAGUCUGAUUUUCACAUGCGUCCAAACUAUGAUGUAGUAAACUAAAAAUGUAGAUAAGACACUCCCUGGAAGCUUUCCUGUGUAAAUAAUGCUUGUAAAUAGUAAUAGUAACUGGCUGUAUUUUCAAAUGAUCCACGAUAAAGAUGAACCUUCCUGUUUUUGUAAUUACUCCUAAUUUCCCUCCUGCAAGCUUGCCUUUGAAAAUAGUACUGAUUCAACCACUCAUUGUUUGUGUGUGUUAUGUGAACAUACCCUCUGUUAUUCUAUGAAAUGAUUGUUCAAGGAAAAUAAAGGUUUAAUUGUA